AUGUCUCAAAAAAAAAGAAAAAUUAAGUAUUGUCCAACAGGUCAUUCUUCUGAGGAUUUCGCUUAUUCUGAUCGCAGAAAUUACAUUCGUUUAGAUGCAAGAUGUGAUUUAUGUGCUAAAGAACACUUUAUCCAAGAAUUUAAAACUUGGUCUAGUGGGAAUGCUAACAUUGACGGGAUUAUACAAGAUUCUCAAAUAAACAAAAGGCAUGGUCUACAAUGGAUACCUUAUGAUAAUUUUCAAAAUAUCGAACACAUAGCAGAUGGGGGUCAUGGAUCAGUGUAUUCUGCCAAAUUAGAAAAUGGAAUAAAAUGGAAUUGGAAUUUUAUCCAACAAGAUUGGGAAUAUGAUUUAAUAGGUCAUAAAGUUGCUUUGAAAGAAAUAAAAGAUUCUAGAUAUGAUAUAGUUAGAUUUCUUAAAGAGAUAAAGGUUACUAAUAAUUAUGAAUUUAUUGCUAAAUAUUAUGGAAUUUCAAAAAAUCCUUCCACACAAAACUACAUUAUCGUUAUGGAUUUAUUUGAUGAUAACUUACAUAAUUUUUUAACCAAAAAAUUUUGGGAUUUAGAUUGGAAAACAAAAUUAGACAUAUUAUCAUCAAUAACACAUUGUCUUGAAGGUUUACAUGCAAAGAAUUUAGUUCAUUGUGACCUUCAUAGUGGAAAUAUUUUUGAUAUUUUGAAAAUUCCUCGUAGUAAUUCUGAAGUUUUAUUGAUAAUAGAUUUAGGUUUAUUGGAAUGGUAUUUAAACUUGAUGUAUCGAUGUUGGAGUGAUGAUCCUUCUGAACGUCCUACUGUUAAUGAAUUAAUUGAUUUAUUUUGUGAUGCAUUUGAAAAACUUUCGAAUAAUAUAGUGGAUAAUAAUUUUAUGCGACAGCUUAACAUUGCUGAUGAAAAUCAAAGAAAUACAUCAAAAUCUCAAAAGCAAGAAUUAUUUGAAUUAUUUUCACAUUCAAGUAAGUUGCAUCCUCAAUCAUGUUAUCUUGGCCGAUAUAUUUAUACUCUUCAUGGAUUACAUGAUUUAUUAGAAGAAAUAAAAUCUGGGAAAUCUUCAG